ACCAGGCUUUGAUUUAGUUUAAUCUCUCUAUAUCGUUUAUAGCAAUGGCUGUUCUUAAGUUUUUCUUCUCAUUUCUCUUGUGCAUGUCCUGCUUGGCUGCAGCUAUGGGCAAGUGGCAAAGACAUAUUGAUACCAAUUGGCACGACGCCCAUGCAACAUUUUAUGGUGAUAUGAGCGGUGGAGAAACCCUGCAGGGAGCUUGCGGAUAUGGUGAUCUCUUCGAGCAAGGGUACGGACUCGAGACAACAGCCCUUAGCACAGCUCUAUUCAACAACGGACUCACCUGCGGUGCGUGUUUUGAAAUCAAGUGUGUCAAUAACCCUCAAUGGUGUUAUCCCAAUGCUGGCACCAUCAAAGUGACCGCAACCAAUUUUUGCCCUCCUAAUUACUCAAAGCCUGAUGGCAACUGGUGCAAUCCCCCACUAAAACACUUUGAUCUCUCAAUGAAAAUGUUCACCAAACUAGCGCAAUACAAAGCUGGAAUCAUCCCCGUCCAGUACCGUCGCGUCUUGUGUUCCAAGAAAGGUGGGGUUCAGUUCCAGGUCAAGGGAAACCCUUACUGGACUUUGGUGUUGUUGUACAAUGUUGGAGGUGCCGGUGAUGUUAAGAGUGUUAAAGUCAAGGGCUCUAGCACUGGCUGGAUACAGAUGAGCCGUAACUGGGGAGUGAAUUGGCAGACCGGAACAAAGUUAACAGGGCAAAGCCUGUCAUUCCAGGUGACUACCAGUGAUGGCAAAAUGUUGGAGUUUGAUAACGUGGCACCGGCCAAUUGGCUGUUUGAUCAAAUUUUUGAUGGGAAAAAGAACUUCUAGGAAAAGUUUCUUGAGCUUCUUUAGAAUGUAGUGCUGCCUUUCUACAUGUCGUUUUGGUGCAAGUUUGUGAUGCAAAUGGGUCUGAUUAGGCUGUGUUUGUUGUAUCCCUUUGUGGAACCAAAGCAACCAUUUGCAUCUCUAUGUUCUACAUUGUUUUUAUGUAAGCAAGAAAUUUGAUAGUGGUCAAAUGAUAGCGUGACUAACGUUUUCAAUUA